UGCGGCAAAAAUUUACGAACUCUCGUGGAGACAAGAAAAAUAUAAAGACAAGAAAAUAAAACAAGAUUUCAUUGAUUGAAGAGAGUUUCCUAAAAAUUCGACAUGUCUAAUUCUGCAAAUGGAGUGCAUUCAAUUGAAAAUAUUCUUGAAACUUGUGAGAGAAAGAAAUUAUCACAACAGCUUACAACAACAAGAAAAAUUCAAUGUUUCAAACCAGUUUUGUCGAGUGUACAAAGUAUUGCAGAGCCUUGUGGGUUACCAAAUGAUAAAGAUGUUUCCAAAGAGAUAAGUUUUGAUUACUCCAUAGAAAGUGGUGUCCAGAAAAAAAGAACGAAAAAUAAUGAAAUAAACACAUUUACAGUGAGAACACCAUCACAUAUAAACACAGAACAAACAAGCCAUAUUGAGAUCGAGAAGAACACCAGCAGUAGAAAGAAAACCAAAGCAAAGAAACGAGUACUGUUUACAAGAGCACAAGUAUUCGAGCUAGAGAGAAGAUUUCGCGUUCAGAAAUAUUUAUCUGCGGUGGAGAGAGAGCAGUUGGCGAAAGUCACAAACUUAACACCGACGCAAAUAAAAGUUUGGUAUCAGAAUCACCGUUACAAAAAUAAAAAGCAAAACAUACGGGAAACAGCAGAAACUGAAAAGUUGUGGGACUUCUACGAAUAUGGUAGAAACAGGCAGUUAAUAAACCAAAUGUUCCAAAACAUGAAUUCAACAUCUUCAAGUGCAACAUUAAAUAACAUUUCUCAUGAUAACAUGCAGUGAACACGUGCAUAGCAUAGCAUGCAUUGACUAUUUUCUAGACUGUUUAAAACGACUGGAGUUAUCAAUAUAACUGUAACAUAAACACGACACAACAUACACUGUUUAAGUAUUUCAUGAAAUGAAUAAAUCUAAAAUGAACUGAA